AUGGAAUCUCCGGAUAGCCCAAAAGCUAAAGUUAUAUAUCGGGAUUUCAAAUCAUCUGACAUUUUGCUUGAUGUUAAUUACAAUGCAAAGCUUUCUGAUUUUGGAUUGGCGAAGGAUGGGCCAAUUGACCGUAAAAGCCAUGUAUCUACUAGAGCUCCCGAGUAUAUGGCCACAGGUCAUAUAACCGCCAGAAGUGACGUAUACAGUUUCGGGGUUGUUCUUCUAAAAAUGCUGACAGGCCGUCGAAUGAUGGACAAAAACUGUCCCCACGGAGAACAUAAUCUAAUCGAAUGGGCUAAGCCUUUACAAAGACAAGUGUGUCAUGGUUUACUCACAAAUUAA